AUGGUUGCAAUUGUGAGUUUUCCGGGCCUAAAAUCCGGGCUUUUCAGGCCCAAAACCUUUGAUUUUCAGGCCCAAAUAUCAAGUGGCCAGGAAAAGCCGGCCGCAAAUCCGAAACUCGGCCUAUUUGUGUAUAUUCUGGCGGCGGCCGCCGUCAUCGGCGGAUUCUUGUUCGGAUAUGACACUUCUGUGGUCUCCGCAGCUAUGUUAUACAUGCCGGAUAGUCCUGGCCUGAAACCUAUGGAUACUGUAUGGCAGGAGGUUAUUGUGAGCAUUUCACCAGGUAAAAAUCGGGUUUUUUUGAGUCCAAAUAAGGCUAUUUGGGCUGAAAUUCAUGAAUUUUCAGUGUUUCCACGAGUUUCAGCGCAGAAUUUCAGCCUAGAAUCAUUUUUUCAAGAAAAAUCUGGUUGAUCCAUUUUUUUUUUGGAAUUUUUGGCACAAUUUUCUACAGUACCUUUUGAAGAGUUGUUUGGCUCAAAUUUUGUGCUGAAACUCGUGGAAAACUUGAAAUCCACAGAAAAUUAUGGUUUCCAGCGUUUUCAGCACAAAAUUUGAGCCUAGAAAGCCUUUAAAGGGUACUGUAGAAAAUUGUGCCAGAGAUUCCGAAAAAAUGGAUCAACAGUUGUAGAAGCUAAAAAUCUCGUUUUAUACUGAAAUUUUGUGCUGAAACUCGUGGAAAACUUGAAAUCCACAGAAAAUGAGGUUUUCCUCGAUUUUCAGCACGAAAUUCCAGCCUAGAAACUCUUUAAAGGGUACUGUAGAAAAUUGUGCCAGAGAUUCCGAAAAAAUGGAUCAACAGUUCUAGAAGCUAAGAAAUCUUGUUUUCGACUGAAAUUUUGUGCUGAAACUCGUGGAAAACUUGAAAUUCACAGAAAAUGAGGUUUUCCACGAUUUUCAGCACAAAUUUCUAGACCUAGGUCCCCCUGGAAAUAUUUUUUGAUCCGAUUAGUCUUCUUCCAAAACACGGUUUCAAAAAAUUGUGUACUUUGAUAUUCACGUGACAAGAAAAAUUUGAUCUUCAAAAAUCAUUUAUGAAUUCGAAUUCGGGAAACACAACAAAAGUUACUGAUAAGAUAAAGAAAAUUAAUAUUUUUUCCCGGAAAAAAAAAGUUGAUCAGUAAUUUUUCAAGUUUCUAGAUCAAAAGUUCAUCCUGAACAUUGUGGAAAUGCUGAAAAUCGCUGAAAAUAAGGUUUUCCAUAAGUUUCAGCACAAAAUUUGAGUCUAGAACAAGAUUUCUUAGCUUCUAGAACUGUUGAUCCAUUUUUUUGGAAUCUUUUGGCACAAUUUUCUACAAUACCCCGUGAAGUGUUUCUAGGCUCAAAGUUUGUGCUGAAAACGAUAAAAAUGCUGGAAAAAAUCGUUUUUUUCCAGGAAUGGCAGCUGUUGGUUCACUACUUUCCGGAGUGGCUUCAGAUUAUCUGGGAAGGCGCAAGGUCAUCCUCGGAGCCUCGUUUAUUUUCACAAUUGGCGCGUUGAUUUGUGCCGCGUCGGUGAAUAAGAUAAUGUUGGUUAUUGGAAGAAUUCUGCUGGGAAUUGCUAUAGGUAAGAAAAUCAAUGGGGUACUGUAGAAAAUUGUGCCAAAAGAUUCCGAAAAAAUGGAUCAGCUCUUGUUUUAGGCUAAAAUUUUGUGCUGAAAACGCUGGAAACCAUAAUUUUCUGUGAAUUUCAAGUUUUCCACGAUUUUCAGCACGAAAUUUCAGUCUAAAACAAGAUCUUAAGCUUCUAGAACUGUUGAUCCAUUUUUUUUGGAAUUAGUGGCACAAUUUUGAAAUUGCCUACAGUACCCUUUGAAGCGUGUCUAGGCUAAAAUGUUGUGCUGGAACUUGUGGAAAUGCUGAAAAUCACUGAAAAUAAGGUUUCCCACGAUUUUCAGCAUAAAAUUUCAGCCUAGAACUCCUCAAUGGGUACUGUAGAAAAUUGUGCCACAAAUUCCGAAAAAAUGGAUCAACAGUUCUAGAGGCUGAAAAUAUUGUUUUAGACUCAAAUUUCGUGCUGAAAAUUAUGGAGAGCUGCAAAUUCGCUGAAAAUGAGAUUUUUCGCGAUUUUCAGCACGAAAUUUCAGGCUAGAAACUCCAAAUUUUUCAGGCUUCGCAUCAAUGAUAGUGCCAGUAUAUUUGGGUGAAACCGCUCCAACUCACGUGCGCGGAAUGCUUGUUUCCGCGUUCGCGCUAAUGAUCAGUUUCGGACAAGUUGUUGCAAAUAUCAUGGGCGGUGGAUUCUCCUACAUUUCACCGUAUACCAUCGGAUGGCGAUUGAUGUUUGCAUUUGCAGCUGUACCUUCAGCCAUCCAAUUUGUCUGCUUCAUUUUCCUACCCGAAACUCCAAGAUGGUUACAUGAACAUGGUUUUGAAGCGGAUACGAGAAGAGUUUUGGAAAAGGUUUAUAAUGGAGAUGAGGAAUGGAUUGAGUAUGAGAUGGCUGAGAUUGAAGCGUUUAAUGAUGAUCAGAAGAAAAAUCAGGGAAGUGUUGAAGGUGAGCGACUCUUUUCUAGACUGAAAUUUUGUGCUGAAACUCUUGGAGAACCUCAUUUUCAGCAAAUUUGAGGGUUUCCACGGUUUUUAGCGAAAAAUUUCAGCCUAGAAACUUUUUUGUGGAAAAUUGUGCCACAAAUUCCAAAAAAAUGGAUCAACCGAGAUACUUUAGAAAAAUGAUUUUCUAGACUGAAAUUUUGUGCUGAAAAUCAUGGAAAACCUCAUUUUCAGUCAAUUUGAAGGUUUCCAUGAGUUUCAGCGCAAAAUUUGAGCCUAGAAACUCUUCAAAGGGUACUGUAGAAAAUUGUGCCACAAAUUCCGAAAAAAUGGAUCAGCUAAAAAUCUUGUUCUAGACUGAAAUUUUGUUCUGAAAAUCAUGGAAAACUUUAUUUUCAGUGAAUUUCAAGGUUUCCAUGAUUUUCAGCGCAAAAUUUCAGUCUAGAACAAGAUUUUUAGCUUCUAGAGCUAUUGAUCCAUUUUUUCGGAACUUUUGGCACUAUUUUCUACAGUACCCUUUGAAGAGUUUCUAAGCUCAAAUUUUGUGCUGAAACUCGUGAAAGGCUCACAUUCACUGAAAACUAGCUUCUCCACAAUUUUCAGCGUGAAAAAUUGAUCUAAAAACAUUUUGAGGAGGGAAAAAGUAGGAGGUAUGGGGAGUCGAUCCAGGACCUUCUGAUCACUAAUUUUCUUCUUUCUAGAUCAGAAUUUCAAGCUGAAACACGUGGAAACGGUUAAAAUCACUGAAAAUGACGUUUUCCACGAUUUCCAGCUCAAAAUUUUGCUCUUGAAAGGGUACUGUAGAAAAUUGUGCCACAAAUUCCAAAAAAAAUGGAUCAACAGUUCUAGAAGCCAAAAAAUCUUGUUUUAGACUGAAAUUUUGUGCUGAAAAUCAUGGAAAACCUCAUUUUCAGCCAUUUUAAGCCUUUCCACGUGUUUCAGCUCGAAAUUUCGUUCUUGAAAGGGUACUGUAGAAAAUUGUGCCACAAAUUCCAAAAAAAUGGAUCAGCUGAAAUUUUGUGCUGAAAAUCAUGGGAAUCCUCAUUUCCAGCAAUUUUAAGCAUUUCCACGUGUUUCAGCUCAAAAUUUCAGCCAAGAAAGGUACUGUAGAAAAUUGUGCCAAUAGAUUCCAAAAAAAUGGAUCAACUAGAUUUCUGUGGAAAAAUGAUUUUCUAGGCUGAAAAUCAUGAAAUCCCUAAUUUCCCCAAAUUUUCAGCUCAAAAUCCCUUGAAAAAUUACCAAUCAGAAGGUCAGGGGAUCGAUUCCCCAUACCUCCUACCAAGAAAAUUUUUUUUUUUUUUUUUUGAAAAAAGCUGAAGACCAAAAUCAAAAUUUUCCAGCCAAAACCCCAGUGUUCCUUCGAGUUCUCAAAACUCCCCACGUCCUAAAGGCGGUCUUCAUCGGAAGUAUGCUUCAAGCCUAUCAACAACUCGCCGGCAUCAAUACAAUCCUCUACUACACCGCUGACAUCAUCAGAAGUGCCGGAAUCCGCGAUAAUCACACAACAAUCUGGAUAUCUGUCGGUUUAUCCAUCUGCAAUUUCAUCGGACCAUUCAUCCCGAUGAGUUUAAUCGAAAAAUUCGGGCGGCGCAUCAUUUUCCUUUUUUCCUGCGCCGGCGUCAUCAUCGCACUGUGUUUAGUCGGAGUGUCGUUUAUGCUUGUAAAUCAGGAUAGUGCUCGGACCCUUGAUCUAGGUGGAUCAGGCGCGAAUUCGAGUUUCCCUGAUGUUCAGAGGUGUCAGGCCUAUUCGAAUUGUGAUUACUGUGUGACCACUGAUGCAUGUGGAUUCUGUCAAAUCCAGGGUUCCAAGCAGGGAUAUUGUCUGCCAGUCUCAUUUGACGAUCCAGAAGGCUCCUCGAGCACUGGGGCCUGCUCGGGCCCCGGCCCGGGCCCGGGCUCGGGCCCACAAGUCUCCUGGCAGAAAUACUAUUGCACCACGAAGUACACAUCGCUUCCGAUCUUCGCGUGCGGUCUCUAUCUUCUCCUGUUCUCCUCCGGCUUCACAAGUCUGCCUUGGGUUCUGAACUCGGAAUUCUAUCCGAUGUGGGCGAGAUCCACGUGUGUUUCGAUCUCGACAACUUCGAAUUGGAUUUUUAAUCUGCUGGUUUCGUUGACGUAUCUGUCUUUGACGCAGGCUAUCACGAAAGCGGGUAAGAAUUAUGGUUUCUAGGCCCAAAUGUUGUGCUGGAAAUCAUGGAAAUCUUAAAAUUCACUGAAAAUGAGGUUUUCCAUGAGUUUCAGCACAAAAUUUGGGCCUAAAACAAUGUUUUUAGCCUCUAAGAGGAGGUUGAUCCAUUUUUUUUGGAAUUUGUGGCACAAUUUUCUACAGUAGCUUUUGAAGGGUUUCUAGGCUGAAAUUUUGAGCUGAAAAUCAUGGAAAUCUUAAAAUUCACUGAAAAUGAGGUUUUCCAUGAGUUUCAGCACAAAAUUUCAGCCUAGAAAAAGAUUUUUUAGCUUCUAGAACUGUUGAUCCAUUUUUUUGGAAUUUGUGGCACAAUGUUCUACAGUACACUUUUAAGCGUGUCUAGGGUCGAAUUUUGUGCUGAAAAUCGUGGAAAACCUCAUUUUCAGCAUUUUUAAACAUUUCCAGCGUUUUCAGCACAAAAUUUGACCCCAGAAACUCUUUAAAGGGUACUGUAGAAAAUUGUGCCACAGAUUCCGAAAAAAUGGAUCAACAGUUCUAGAAGCUUAAAAUCUUGUUUUAGACUGAAAGUUUGUGCUGAAAAUCGUGGAAAACCUCAUUUUCAGCUAUUCUAAGCAUUUUCACGAGUUUCAGCGCAAAAUUUCAGUCUAAAGCAAGAUUUCUUAGCUUCUAGAACUGUUGAUCCAUUUUUUCGGAAUCUCUUGGCACAAUUUUCUACAGUACCUUUUGAAGAGUUUCUAGACCCAAAUUUUGUGCUGAAAAUCAUGAAAAUCUUUAUUUUCAGGUGCCUUCUACCUCUACGCCGCUCUCACAGUCACCGCCUUCAUUUUCAUCCUAUUUUUGGUGCCGGAAACCAAAGGUUAUUCGAUAGAUGAGGUUGAGACUCUAUUCAUGAAUAAGAAGCAGAAAGCGGAAGAGAUGCGGAAGCGGAAAGAAACUUUGACGGAAGUCCGCAGCCGGCAGAAUACCAAGAUUUGA